UGAGGGUUUUCCUACCCCUUAUAAGGCGUACUUAACAACUCCCCAACAGCAGAAAAAUUGCAUCUUUCUCGAGGCGAAGAAGACUUGAUUUUCCGCCACCAACCGGUCGGCAGCCGCAGAGCUUAGCUUCGCUGGAGAGGAGCCAUGGUGCACGUCUCCUUCUAUCGCAACUACGGGAAGACAUUUAAGAAGCCUCGUCGGCCUUACGAGAAGGAGCGAUUGGAUGCUGAGCUGAAGCUGGUGGGAGAAUAUGGCCUUAGAUGCAAGAGAGAACUCUGGAGAGUUCAGUAUGUUCUGAGCCGCAUCCGCAACAAUGCAAGGAUGCUCUUGACCCUUGAUGAGAAGAACCCUCGUCGAAUCUUUGAGGGUGAGGCUCUUCUCCGGAGGAUGAAUCGCUAUGGUUUGCUGGACGAAAGUCAGAACAAGCUUGAUUAUGUCUUGGCCUUGACUGUGGAAAACUUCCUGGAGCGUCGCCUGCAGACACUUGUCUUCAAGUCUGGAAUGGCCAAAUCAAUCCACCAUGCCAGGGUGCUCAUCAGGCAGAGACAUAUCAGGGUUGGGAGGCAAGUCGUGAACAUCCCCUCUUUCUUGGUGAGGGUCGAUUCACAAAAGCACAUCGACUUCUCCCUUACGAGUCCAUUUGGAGGAGGACGGCCAGGAAGGGUGAAGCGAAAGAACACGAGGGCUGCUGCUAAGAAGGCUUCUGGUGGCGACGGAGAUGAAGAGGACGAGGAUUAGAUGGUUGGACCGGUUCUUGUUAUCCAAUGCUAGCUUCCAUUCCAUGGGCCAAUUUUUAUUCUUUUCCAGCGUUGAUGUUGCAGUAUAAUUUUAAAAAUUCAGAACUUUUCGUAUUUCUACUUGGGUAGGGACUCGCUUGCAUAAUGACGCUUUUCACCCUUUUGAACAUGGUCAGUUUAUUUUGUGUAACUUGGUUUCAAGGUGACUAUUCUCA